ACAUACAACCUCAACUUUAAGACCACAUACAUAACUUCUCUCACUUGUUCAACGUAAGAUGAACGUCAUCUUUUAAGUCACAACACCGGCCAUUAUACCCAAAAGAAUUGGGCCAAUACUAAAUGCACCCCCACCUCACAUGAGAACAAACCAAAAAACAUACAGUUUUAAAGAGUGAAAAUAAAUCAAACUUAUUAUUGUGCCUAAAUCAAGGGAAGCUUUCAAAGGUUGCCUAGGAGCUUUGGAACAAACAAGCUAAUUAAGGUUUCUUCCUGCUUCUUCAGCCACACACACAUAGUAGGUGUUUCUCUGAGUUAGUAGGAAGUGUGAAGACUUACUAAAUAAAGCACAUAAGUACAUAUUUAUAUUAUAAGUCAAAAGAUCAGCAAUGAAUCAAAAGGCUGAACAAUACUUUAGCAGCAAAUCAUCAUCAACAUCCCAUUCUCAUUCUCAAGUGAUAUGUUGGUCCGACAACUUCUUGAAUGAUCCACCUUCAUCCUCAUCUUAUCUGUCUAUGGAAUGUAGCUCAAAUCUUAACUAUAGUUUUCAUGAAGAUUCCAACAAUCCCAUUGUGUCCUUAGGUAAAUAUGGUGAACAACCGAAGCAAGAAUUGCAACUUGGAAUUUUUCCAAUGGAUCAUCCUCAAAUGAUACAUGAGUACCACAUGCCAGGUUCUAAUCAAGCUGGACUAUCUCAUCAUAAUACUGGUUACUAUGAGGGAAUGCAUUCUAGCGGAGGAGUACCUCUGCCUGGAGAAGCAGCAAAUUAUGAGCCCAUCUAUGUAAAUGCUAAGCAGUACCAUGGCAUUUUGAGGCGAAGACAAUCUAGAGCUAAAGCUGAGCUUGAAAAUAGAGUUGCUAAAGCCAGGAAGCCAUAUCUUCAUGAAUCUCGGCAUCUACAUGCAAUGAAGAGAGCAAGAGGAAGUGGAGGCCGUUUCCUCAACACAAAGAAGACCGAUGGCCCUAGUAGUUCCAACUCCAGCGCUCAGUCAUCCUAGACAUGCAAUGUAAUAUCUUUGGACUUUGAGACAUGCAGAAAACUACUUAUUACUAGAGCUUCUAGAGUUUUCCUUUUUCAUUCCUUGUUUUUUUUUAAGAACAUUAGAGAAUACACAGGGAAGGGCUUUUAGGUAAUCUCACUACGAGGAACUACCCAUAAUUUGUUUUCAAGUAGCUUAUGGGACCUUUUAAACUUUCUUCUGGUGGCUUUGAUUUCCUUUAAUCAACCCAUUUUCUCUAGGGAAAAAGAGAAAAAAAAUAGAAAAAGCUACUAUGAGAGAGUUUUGAGGUUUUUUUUUUUUUCCUUUUUUCUUUGAGUGCCUAAAAUGCCCUUUGCUUGAUCAUGCAUACAGCUAUAAGCUAUCUCAUCGAUGAGAUGUACUGACUUGUUAUAGUAUAGACUAAUGAUAAAUACUGUGUGCGCUUUACUAUUGAUCGAGUAUUCUUGAUAGCGUAUAAAUCUA